AUGCGCAAGGAGAUAUUUUGGUGAGAAUUUUAUGAAUUUUGCACCUGAAAAAUGUCAUCAAAUUUUAAAUUUUUUACUGUAGGCAAAACCUGUAGAUCUUAAGCGCGAAAAUUUUCAUCAGAAAUUUUUUGAGCCUAAAGGAUUAUCGUUUUGUCAUCAUUUUUAGGCUGAAAAAGACGGAAAAUUUGGACCUACAAUUUCUGAAAUUUGGGACUUUUCGACAAAAUAACCUUGGCUUCUUACUGUUAGGAAAAACUGUAGAAAAUUUUUAGGCGAAAUCUGAAAAUGUGGUUGAAAUUUUUUGACGUCCCAGAUACGCCUAGGGUUACUGUUUUCUGGAAAAUUUAGGAUACUGUAAAAAUUCUUGUAGUUCAGAAUUUCUAGAUUUUGAUCUGAAUGAAAAAAUGACAAUUUUUCUAGAAUAUUCCUGGAAAUUUGGGAUUUUUAAGACAAAAUAGACCUUGGCAGGUUCUUCGAAGGAUACUGUAAAUUUAGGUCGCGAAUCAAAAUUUUGGUGCAUUUUUUGAGCCUAGUAGGAUUCUUUUAAAUACUCUCGGACGGCAACAACAACCCUCAAAUCACUUGAUAUAUCAGGAAACCUGAAAUUUUUGGCAAUUUUCGGAGCACGAAUUCUAUCAAAAGCUCUUCAAGUCAAUAUAUCACUUCGAUCAAUAACAAUCGAUAAUAAUCAUAUCGGAACUGAUGGAUUUGUUGAUUUGAGGCAACAUCGAUGAAAAUCAAUCACACACUGACAUAUUUUGAUUAAUCCGGUUUUGGAUGCUUUUGAGACAAUUCAGCGAUUUUUUCGGAAAGAUUCGAGAACAAUUUUGGGCAUUUUUAAGCAACAAAUUCAGACCUUGUUUAUAUCGAAAUCGAAUGGCGGUGGGAAUUAGGCGGGAAAAAAUUUCGGGAGGAUUUUUUGAGAGCCCAGAUACGUCUAGGGAAUUACUGUAGAUGUUUCAGAGUCGAGGAAUCUGUGGAGAAUAUGCGCAAGGAAAAUUCGAUUCUCAGCUCAAAAAAAAUUCUUGGGCCUAAAAAUGUACAAUGACCUCGAAAAUUCCAAAAUUUUUGAUUAAUUUUGAGCUGAACAUCCAGAUAUUUUAGAAAAUUCAGAAAAUUCUGGAAAUUUGGGAUUUUUUUGAGGCCAAAAUACGUCCUAGGGUUACUGUAGAUGUUUAGGCGCGAAAAAAAACUAAAAAUUUGGAUUCUCAGCUCAAAAUUCUUGAAAAAUUCAAUUUUUGAAAGUUUUUUUUGAGAAAAUUUGUUUAAAAUUAAAAUUCUAAUGUAACUGAAAAUUCAUCCAAAAAUCCUCAAUUUUCUUUCCAGCGAUGGAACCAAAAGAUCUGAACAAAUUGCAAUUUCGCGCCUUACAAGAAGUUUGGUUGGAACAAGCGAAACAAGUAUUCAGCGAUUGGAAAUGGCGAGAAAUUUGUGAGAAUUCGGAAGCAUCUUCAAUUGGAAGGAAUUCUUCAGUUCGGAACUGCAUCAACUUCAUCACCAUUUACUCCAAAAAGACAACUAAAUCAUAGACCGAGAAGUAUUUUGGUGCAACAAAAUUGUGGAAGAGGAUUCGAUAGAAGUUGGAGUCAAUCUUGAUCUACCACCAAAACCAUCGGCACUACAACAUUUAUCGAAAGCUAGACCGAGAAGACGCGGAAGACCAUCGCAGAAUGCUGUAUUACGAGAAGAGGAAGGAGAUGAUUAGCAGUACUAGUACUAGUUUGAUGGAGGAGGAGGUUUUUGCGGUGCGGAUGCCGCCGCCGGCGAUGUUGCCGCAGAGAAUGUCGCCGCCUGCGAUCUCGCCGAGGUCUGAGGAUCGCCGACAAAUUCGACGGAUUCGCCGCCGCCGCCAUUGCCGCAGAGAAAUCGGUAAGGGGGGAACGGGAAGUUCCGCGUUUAGGCGGCCACGUGGCUCACUAUGACGUGGAAACCUUAUAGCCAUCCACGUGGCCGCUGAAGCGGGUUUAACAGUGUUGCUUCCGCGUUAGCGGCAAGUUCGCUUCAGCGGCCAUAUUGCUAUGACGUGGCGAACUUAUAGUAUCAUAAACCGCAUGGCCGCUGAAGCGGAAGAUAGUGCCGCUGACGCGGAAGCUUGCGGUUUACACUCGCUUCGCUCGGAAAAAAAUUGGCGAUAGAUUUGCCUGCGCGGGAUCUCGAAAUUUCACAUGAAAACUCAAAAAAUCUUGGUUUUCACUGAAAUUUUCAGAUUUUCGAGCAAAGAGUGUGUAAACCGCAAGCUAUCAAAUUUAGCAGCCACGUGGAUAGCUAGGACGUGGCAAAAAAUAUGAAAACUUCCAGGUGGCCGCUAACGCGGAAGCUUGCGGUCUACACUCGCUUCGCUCGAAAAAAAAUUGACGAUAGAUUUGCCUUCGCGGGAUCUAAAAAUUUCAGUGGAAAUCCAAAAUUAUCUUGUUUUCACUGAAAUUUCGAUGAAAUUUUCGAUGAACCGCAAACUUCCGCGUCAGCGGCCACGUCGGACAAAAAAAACACGUGGCCGCUGAAGCGGAAAAUCUGUGAAUUUCGCUCGAAAAAUCGAAGAAAUUUCAGUUAAAACCAAGAUUUUUUGAGUUUUCACUGAAAUUUGCGUUGAAAUUUUUUGAGUGUAAACCGCAAGCUCUCGCAUAGCCAUCGCGGAUGGCUAUGACGUGGCGAACGUACAGUAUCAUAAACCACGUGGCCGCUGAAGCGGCAAACUUACAGAUAGUGCCGCUAACGCGGAAAAGCUUGCGGUUUACACUCGCUUCGCUCGAAAAAUCGAUUUUCUCGUGCCGGAUCUGAAAAUUUCAAUGAAAACCAAGAUUUUUUUGAGUUUUCACUGAAAUUUUGAGAUCCCGCGCAGGCAAAUCUAUCGCCAAUUUUUUUCCGAGCGAAGCGAGUGUAAACCGCAAGCUCUCCGCGUUAGCGGCACUAUCUUCCGCUUCAGCGGCCACGUGGUUUAUGGUACUGUAAGUUCGCCACGUCAUAGCCAUCCACGUGGCCGCUAACGCGGAAGCUUCCGGUUUACUCGCUUCGCUCGGAAAAGCAAACUUUUUCUUGUUGAAAAUUCAAGUCCGAGAGAAGUACACGAAAAAUAUGAAUCGCUACGAGACCCAAUAGGAUUUUAUUACGUUUUAGGAAGCUACUUCUUUACGUAAGAAAAUCCUAUUGGGUCUCGUGGCGAUUCAUAUUUUUCGUGUACUUCUCUCGGACUUGAAUUUUCAACAACAAGAAGUUGGGUUUUCCGAGCGAAGCGAGUGUAAACCGGAAGCUUCCGCGUUAGCGGCCACGUGGAUAGUUAGACGUAGCGAACAGUACUGAUAUUCCACGUCAUAGCUAUAGCUCCGCUCGAAAAAUCCUCGCAUCCUCAUUUUUCUCCAAUUUCAGAAUUGGACCCGGCGGAGCUCCUCCACCAAUUCUUCCACCAAAACCCGAACCCCGUCAACGUGGCAAUUUCAUAAGUGGAAGUGGCUCAUCGUCACCUACAGUACUCCAUUCACCAAUGCUCAUCUCAACCACCCAAACUACAAAUACUACGGUAGAUCAAGAAGCGGAUGAUGAAAAUGCGAAUUCGCGAAGAAGUGUGGCUGAUAUGGCCAGAAUUUUCAAUAAGUAA